AUGCAUGGAUCAUCGGCUGGAUUCCGAUCGCGCCAAAGAACUUUCACUUCUUGUACGGAAUGUAGAAGGAGGAAGCAGAAAUGUAACCAAGCCAAAGACCGGCCGUGUUCGAAUUGUGCCAGGAGAUAUCCGCCUCCAUUAUGCACGUACGAAAGUUCAAGCCCGACGACACCUCCUAUAGGCCAAGCUGUGAAUUUUGGCAAUAGUGACAGGCAAAGAGCUCGAUUGAGCCAACCAAACAAUCUCAACGAAACACCAAACCCUGUUGUUCUGUACACAUCCCAGUAUUACAGCGGACCAAACCAGAAUUCUCACAACGCCUCGCCUACAUAUCAUUCCCCUUCUCCCACGACAAGAAAUGAUGGUCGGCUCUACCAAGGCAGCAGCUCAAGCAACCAGCAAGUAAUUGGCUCGUCAUCCGGCGGAGGCGAUCUUUUCCCAAUGUCGGGGGAAUAUUACGCGAGCGAUCAGAUGGGCUAUAAUACCACAGAAUCACCUCAUGGUAUCGGAUAUUACACGGCCUCGGACCAACCGCAAUGGUUAACAGGCGGCGAUCCAGACGUCUUUGUGGGAACUGGAACGGCGGAAUAUUUCUAUGUUGAUGAAUCCGAGCUUCCCAGAUCGAGCGGCGGGGGAAGGCAAUGA